AUGUCCUCCGCCAUUUUUCUGAAGAAGGUGGAGUCCUUCCUAAAGCGCAUCCGAAAAUGGGACACUGAGUUCCUUUGCAUUGGGAAGACUGCCGGAGAGGUCUUCAAUGUCCCAAAGCCGGAAGAGGUGCUUCCACGGAUCAUGGCCAACUUGGACUAUUUCUGCGUGAACUACGCCGUUUGCCUUGCGAUCUUCGCACUCACGGCGAUUGUGGUAUACCCACAGCUCUUAGUCCUCGUUUGCGUUUUCUCCGGCUUGUGGUAUGGGCUUCUCACUCGGCCAAACCAUUUGAGGGUACAGGUUGCAAAAGCUCUCAUCACGAAGCAUCAUUUGAUCUACGCGCUGGGUGGAUUGAAUGCCUUGGUGGUGCUGGUCUUCUAUCGCAUGAUGAUCCUUGCCAUCAUCGGGGCAUCGCUGCUCUUUGUUCUACUUCAUGCUGGCCUCCAUGCAGUUCCAGCCAAUGCCAAGGGAAAAGUCGAAGAGGAUCCGCAGGAACAGCCCUGA